GUUUCUAACAUGCUGCGUGGAUAUUUUUUGACAAUUCAGAGUCAAAAGUCAAAUGUUGACACAUUUGCUUGCAGUAUGAUGUUUUAAUCAUUUUAUUUUCUUAAAUGCAAUUUUGGAAGAAUACUGCGUAGUCUCUCGACAACUCCCUUAUAUCCGUAAGCCUAACAGUACUUGUUAAAACGUGGAAGAGUUUUAAAAGUAAGGAUCUCAAAGAGAAUUAACCAUGAUGAGCCUACGUGACAGGCAGAUAAACGCCUUGAAACAGAUGUUAAAUUUGAAUCAACCGGAACAGAAGUUAGAAGAAGCGGUACCAGUGUGGAAAGUUUUAAUUUACGAUAGACUCGGCCAAGAUAUUAUUUCGCCGUUGAUAUCAGUGAAAGAACUCAGAGAACUUGGUGUUACGCUCCAUAUGCAGCUGCAUUCUGACAGAGAUUCUAUCCCUGAGGUGCCAGCUAUUUAUUUUUGUGCACCGACAGAUGAGAAUCUGGGCAGGAUCGGCCAAGAUUUACAAAGUGGAUUAUACGAUAUCUAUCAUUUAAACUUUAUAUCGCCGAUAACCAGACAGAAAAUGGAAGACCUGGCAGCUGCAGCAUUGCUCAGUGGAGUGGUGUCGAAUAUUCAUAAAGUAUUUGAUCAAUAUUUAAACUUUAUAUCGUUAGAAGAUGAUCUGUUCAUUCUCAGACAUCAAAACAGUGAUAUUAUAUCCUACCAUGCAAUUAAUCGUGGUGAGGUAAAAGAUACGGAGAUGGAAUCUGUUAUGGAAAUCAUAGUUGAUUGCCUCUUCUCUGUGUUCGUCACAUUGGGCACUGUCCCAAUUAUAAGGUGCCCAAAAGGAAAUGCUGCUGAGAUGGUUGGGAAAAUGAUUGAGAAAAAACUCAGGGAAAAUGUUUGGGACACAAGAAAUAAUUUGUUUGAAAGCGAAGCAAGUGGUCAUUACAGUUUCCAAAGACCACUUUUAAUCCUAUUAGAUCGUAAUGUAGACAUGGCCACACCACUGCAUCAUACAUGGACCUACCAAGCGUUGGCGCACGAUGUAUUGGAAAUGGCAUUGAAUAGACUUGUCGUGGAAGAGAAUGUGGGACGAUCUCCUGCAGGGGGAACACGUUCGAAGACUAGGGCUUAUGAACUAGAUAAUAAAGACAGAUUUUGGUGUCAACACAAAGGUAGUCCAUUUCCUAGAGUAGCUGAAGCUAUACAGGAAGAAUUAGAGCAGUAUCGCACUUUUGAAGAAGACGUCAAGAAGCUUAAAUCGACGAUGGGUAUUGAUAACGAGAGUGAAGUAGCACUGUCCAUGGUUUCAAAUAACACGGCACGUUUAACAAAUGCAGUAAAUAAUUUACCGCAACUGUUGGAAAUGAAACGGCUGAUAGAUAUGCACACGUCGAUCGCGACGGGUAUUUUAAAUUAUAUAAAAUCCAGAAGACUCGAUACGUUCUUCGAAUUGGAAGAAAAGAUAAUGUGUAGGCAAACGCUGGAUAGAAGUGUGCUAGAGACUAUAAGCGAUCCGGAUUGUGGUACCCCAGAGGAUAAAUUACGUUUAGCUAUUAUAUAUUACAUUUGCACGAAUAUGUCAGACAGUGAAUACAAUAAACUUGAGUCAGCGUUGUCCGCCGCUGGAUGUGAUUUGAAUCCUCUAGUUUAUAUAAAAAGAUUAAGAAGUUACACUAGAAUAGCGGAAAUUCAACACAAUUAUGAGGGCGGCGGAACUAAGACCGUCAGUAUGUUUUCGAAACUGAUGAAUCAAGGAUCAUCCUUCGUCAUGGAAGGAGUAAAAAAUUUAGUCGUUAAGAAACAUAAUCUGCCGGUUACAAAAAUAGUCGAUGAGCUAAUGGAAUCGAAGCAAUCGUCUCAAACAGAUGAUUAUUGUUACUUGGAUCCAAAGCAGUUGAAGCAUACAGAACAGAUGCCAAAGAAUAAACCAACAUUCCAAGAUGUAAUCGUUUUUGUUAUUGGUGGUGGGAAUUAUAUAGAAUACCAAAAUCUGGUGGACUAUGUAAAACAGAAAAGUGGGGCUGGAGUUAAUAAACGGAUCACGUACGGUUCGACCACGUUCAUUAACGCGAAACAAUUACUUAAACAACUAUCACUCUUGGGACAAGAGGUAUACUCGUAAAGUUUACGAAUUAUACGAUGAAUAUCGUAAACAAGAAAUAUUUAUCACGUACUUUCUUAUAGCUAAUUUUUCACUUUGCUGUUAUCGAUUUCUUGUAAAAAUGUAAAAUAAAUAAAACAUGAUUAAUUAUUUUAGA